AUGUAUUUAGAAUUAUUUACCAGUAAAUAAAACUGAAAAGAUAUGAUAAUGUUGUUUGAACCGAAAGUAUUAUUUAUCGUUUUAUUAUUGAAUUUAAUAAUCGUCGAUAUAACAUUUGGCGAAUCUUGUGUUCCUACAGUGAAAUUUAUUGAUUGCAAACAAAGUACUGGGGUUGAUAAUCCAAUGUCGAAUUUAGAAUUUGAUAUGGAUAGUCUGAUAAAUAUCAACGUGGAGAAAUCUUGUAAAAUGUCUACCGUUGCGAUUACAUGGACAUUAUAUAAUUAUGCAACUCGUGAAGUAAUAAGAAAUUUGGAAGAAUUCACAAAUGGAUAUUUUGUACAUAUAUAUGCCGGUACAUUUCCCAUUAAUUGGUACAUAUUGGAAGUGACAGUUAAGGAGCGAACUUUUGGAAAAAAUACUGGAUCAGCAACAGCAGAAUGUUGGUUUCAUAUUGGUAAAUCUCAACAUCGGGCGAGAGGAUACAGAUUAUCUUAUAACAUAUAUGAACCAAAUAAAAUCAGAGAAGUAAUUUGUUUGAAGAACUGCGAAGAUGUUCAAGGAAAACGUGGGUUUAGUGUAUUAGAUAUGCCGCUGCAUUUUUACGUAGAUAUAUCUUCUAUAAUGGAAGAUACUAACCGAACGGGCACUUUUUAUCCAGAAAACAAUACGUAUCAAGACAACAUUAAUAUUAUUAUACCGGAGGUACCUAAGCUUCUAGAAAAAAGCACUGCAGGACUGAUGCAAAACUGUUUAAUUGUUCGCUUUGAUAAAUUUCAUACUUUUGAAUCGAGUAAAGAAUUUAUCGUAGUUAACGCUACUGAUUCGUAUCAUGCAGAUGAUCCUCCCGUAACGGGAGAAUUUUGGUUUUAUUAUUUCGUACCGAAGAAUAUAACUGGUAUAAAUAGAGUAAAGAAAAAACGUUGUCUUCCCGGUUCAACCAUGUUUCAAGAACAUUGUAUGUGGCAGAUUGAUAAAAUAUAUCAAGGAGCAAUCUGCGUCCGUGCUAAAGUGAUAUACAGUAUUGAAACGGGAGAAAAUUUAACGGUGACGGUAGGAGAUGUAAUUGCCUCUCAACAACCAACACGGUUUUAUGAAUUAGCUUUUCCUGGUCCGCUUGCACUCGAAUUUUAUUUUGUAUUUGCCGCUGGCCACGAAUUUCAUAAUUAUAAUUCCGAAACAGUAGUACAUUCAGAACAGAAUUGGCACUUUUUAAGCCCUAUCAAAGGAGAUGAUUUAAAAACCAAAAUACGACAGUCGUUUAAUUUGUACAGAAAAGAUCAAACCUCUGAAAACGAACGUACAACUUAUGCCAUAAGAUUUUAUGCUCAAGAUCCUUUGCAACAUUACAAUCCACUCGCAAAUUAUUAUCAUACCCUUAUAGUGUCAUUAACCUCUCAAGUAUCUCAAUUAGACGAAGCCAAUGCGCGGUUGUAUUUUCGAUUGGUAGAAGAAAUAUUAGACGAUUUAACAUCUGUGAUUGAUACACUUGGUCGUGUGUUUGAUUCAGGAAGUACUCGCAGCGAUAAUUUGUUUAUUAUCGAAGAUUUAGCUGUAAGAUUAACCGCGCUUCUUAUACGUUUGGAUUUGCCGGAACACGUCGAAGCAACUCCCAAAUUCGUGGUAUCAAGAAGUCGUUUAACACAUCGUCUAAGCAAAAUUAUUAACAGAGCUCUUUGGGCUGCUUCACAUCCUAUGGCGCAUGCUGCUAUGGUUGAUACGGCUUAUUACUCCCUUAGACAUUGUAUGCACGUUAAUUUGGGGGAAAAGAAAAAAGAGGAGAUGUCAACUACGAUGGCUAGUGCAAUUCAACCCAUUGAGAUUCACAAGUAUAUACCUGAAGAUUAUCCGGAUUAUGAUGAGGAUUCAGUUAUGGAUAGUUCUACUUCUGACAUGGUUCGAUAUUCUACAAUGUUAAUUUUUAAUGCUUCGCAUUAUUACGGAGAAAUAUUUAUUUUAACUUCAACAUUAGGGGAUGAAGCGCCAGCGUAUAAUUUAAAAUACUUUGAACAAAAGUUCUAUGUUUUCGAUUUUCCACAACUGAUUCUUGGUUUAACAGCAGCCGUUUUUGGUCACAUUCAAGUUCGCGUACAAAGUCCCAUUGAAUUUCUGUGGACCAAAUCUGAUUUUAUGAAAGUAUUUAUAACGGUUUUCAAGAGGGAGGUUUUUUACUUUAUGAAUUUUGAGGAUAGUGUUCCACUGGAUAUUGUUGUUUACAAUUCAAUAGUACAUAGCGGACGAGUCGGCAAGCAUACUCACGUAAGGGAGUUACAAUAUCCAGUGGAGGUGAUGUAUAGAUAUCCUAGCCCAGAUACCAUACAAUUCCAAAAUCACACAUUUUUGUUGCCGGCGAAAUGGCAAGAGUGGACCGAUGAACUAAUGAACAAAGAAAUGUAUUUGAUGCGAAUCCAAAUGUCUACCAAUACUGUACUUACUAUAAUUAUAAGAAAUAUUACUGGUUUUCCUGAUGAUGCAGAUGAUGAAGCCUUGAAGGUCGUUAUUUUAGAUACCAACUAUCCGUUUUAUCCCGACCAUUUUCGAACUAGUGACGUUUAUUAUUUCAGUGAUAAUCAAUCGGUACACUACUAUGUACAUACCAAAUCUAAUAGUAUUAUGUAUGUUGGAAUUUUGCCCGUUAGACCUGGCCCGGUUGAUGUUGAGGACGAAGACGGCAAAAGCGACGAUUUUCAAGCAUUAAUUCAAGAACAAGUAAUAGAUGAAGAUGACUAUGGUGAUAUACGAUAUUCAAUGGCUGUUCUUACUUAUAAAUGCAGUGAGAUGGGAGAUAUGAAAGUGGUAGAUAGCGAAAUUUGCAAGGUUCCACAAAACAGGGAGAGUUUAAACGAAUCAGACGUAUUAAGCAUGCUGUGUACAUGUGAUUCAGGUACAUUCAGCUUGGUACCGAUUCUUAGAAAUCUAGAGCAACCGGUUUGGAAUUCCACGCGCACACAUUUUACAACAGACUUUACCUACUCUUACGUCUUAUUCAUUCUUUUGAUCAUAAUUUUCUUUAUUUAUUGUUUAUUGUUGGCGUUCGCCGGAAACAGAGCAAGACCAAUGAUUUUCCUUUGCUUUACUUGUGAUAGCAAUAAAUCCGACAGAUAUGGAUAUUUAAUAGCUGUUAAAACUUCAAGUUUACAAAACUCUGGGACUACUUCGAACGUAAUAAUAAAAUUACAUGGACGGAAAGCAAAUAGUCUGCCUUACGUAUUAAAUUAUCCAGAUCCGGAUUUACGAUUAUUACAGCUCGGCGGUGAUGAUUAUUUUGUUAUAGCAACUGCAGAACAUUUAGGUGAUUUACGUUACAUUGAAUUGUGGACGGAUGUGAUCGGUUAUAAUUCUUGUUGGCGUUGCGAAAACGUUCGCGUUUUCGACUUGAGACGCAACAAAAAAUGGUACUUUGAUGUGCAGAGAACGUUUGCGCUCAGAGAUAAAAUGGACUGUUAUCACAAAACUUAUGUCACUACGAAAGUUGUGCCAAGGAGGAAAGUUCGAGAUGUUAUUCAAUAUGUCGGUUUGCAUUUUGGACCAUAUCAUACGUUUAAUAUUUUUGAUCCUGCCCAUGAUUACCAGUUUGGAUACUUAUUUCGAUUAACACUUGUGGCAUCUCAUAUUUUAAUGGCUUUGUCUUUAAGUGUUAUGUUUAUUUCCUUUCCAAGAAUGCAACCAAGAGACGUUUUAGGAAUUGACUAUUAUGCCCACAUACUGUACUUUUUGAUGUAUGUUUUUGUUAUAGGGCUUAUAUGCUCUAUAAUACAUUUUACUUUGGCAGUUCUUUACAGAAAUACUUCUGGGUACGGAUUAUUAAAAACAAAAACUGAAUUAUUUCCAAAAAUUGUAUCGAGAAUUUUAUGGAUUAUUUUAGUUAUCUUUAUAACACUUUCGAUGGCUUACUUAUUGAUAUUUGGAUGGUGGGUAUCUCCAGUAGCUUUAUGCUCAAUGAUAAUGAUAUUCACACUGGUGCUUCUCCUAAAUAUAAUUCUCCUAGAAAAUUUGUACAUAAGUAUUUACUUAUUAUACAAGUCAUUUAGACGACUCAAAAGAAUCGAUAUAUUCGGAAAAUUUAAUUUUGGUAACAUCGUACUAGAAGUUGAAAAUCAACGUCGAUUUUUAUACAGGCGUAUAAAUGUUUGGAGCGUAAGACCAUUUUUAAAACAUCUUUACAGGCCACUUUCAGACGCUCUGUUAAAAGAACGUCGGCAAAUAGAUCAACUUCGACAGAACUUACGAUCUCUUUUAUCGAAUAUCGUCUUGGUUAUUCUAUUAGGAAUAUUUUUUCUAAUUUUAACCCACCUUCAAACGUCUGAUCAAUCCGCACUCAUGACCAAACACGUUGAAGAAAUGUUUAUUGACGGGAAAUUUGUUGCGACCGGAAUGAAAGCGGAAAAUGUUUUUGCUAUGGAAGAUUUUUAUUUGUAUUUGAACAAGACAAUUAUACCGACUUCGAUAUCAAAGCAUUGGUAUGGUAGAUACAAAACCGAGGACCCCGCUUUAACAGCGGAUUUUCAAACAAAACUUACCACUAUAGUUAGAAUUAGAAAAAUUAUGGCCAAACUCAUAAAAUGUCCUGAUGAGAGUUUGGCGAAAUUGUUUUACGUAAAGGAAUGUUUACCAUACUGGUCAGCUAAUGUCACAGAUACAACCGGAUACGAUGAAGGGACGUCGAUGUUUAAUUAUCAAAUUCAACAAUAUCAACAUCGAUAUUACCCUUUUAUGGAAAAUGCUUAUGAAUCAGGUGGUUUUAUGGUUCCAUUAGGACGAACUCUACCAAACAGCUACAAUACAUUAGUGACUCUUAACGAUAGUUUAUGGUUUAUGAAUGAAACAAGAGCAUUUUUUAUUGAGUUUCUACUUUUCAAUGCAAACACGGGACUAUUUAUCGAUGUUAGAAUAUUAUUUGAGAGGGGGCCGUCGAAGUUUAUCAUUUUAACAGAACGGAUAUUAAAUACAAGAUUAAGCGUAAUUGGUGCAAAAAUAGAAGCCAUGUUUAUGAUUUGUUUCGGUUUGAUGGUAAUAAUUACAAUAUUGUUAGCAAGAAAUGUAAUCAAUCAAGUGCUCAAACGCGGGCUGAAAUUUCUGAUUAGGAAAUGGACAAUAAUGGACUUAGCUAUAAUUGUAUGCGUAAUAGCUUAUUGCAUACUAUCAAUUCUUAAACACUACGAACGUAGCCAUUUCGAAAGUCAAAUCAGUGUCCUACGCCGAAAUGAAUUUGUUCCUCCGUUUAGCACGGUUGAUAUAGAUGAAGAAAUAAGAAUACUCGCCGGUUUUAUUCUAUUUUUAUGCAUUAUAAGAUUAUCGCAACUAUUUCACUAUAUCAAAUUCUUAAGGCGAUUUGCAUACACUCUGAGUAGAAUAUUCGGCCCGAUUCUUUUCGUUUUUCUAUGCACAAUGUUGGGGUAUUUUGCAAUGGCUCUUAUAGCACGUUUGUGUUAUGUAUCGGAUAUUAAAGAGUUUCAUUCGAUAUCAAUGGCUUUUAGUACUCAAUGGGUAAUUUUUGCGCGACUUAAAACACCAGCUGUACAAUAUUUAAAAGAAGAAUCAGGUUUUCAUCAGCUUUAUCUCUUAACACUCUUCAUAAUUGGAAUAGUUGUUAAAAUAGUUGUGAUUGUCAUUACUUUGGUUGUGUUUAGAGAAUGCAAAAAACUCUUAUCUGGUCUACAAUGGAGAUACGAACUUGUUACAUUUACGAAAGAAUUCUUUAAUUAUUAUUAUGAAUACACAGUUAGAACAGUAAUACCUAUUAAAAAGAAAACGAAUUUAAGAGCUGGAAGAGAAGAAUUUUAUGAAGCGCCGAUAACAUCUAAAGAGUUGAGAUAUCGCUAUGAAAGUCUUUAUAAAAUUGGAAUUAAUAAAAUGAAUUUAAUGAGAUUCGCUUUACUCGCGAUUUUACGGAACAAAGUUGUUCGACAAAGAAAAGAUCGUGCAACCGAUAAAGAUUUUGCCUUAAUGGAAGAAAUAGCUCGUGCUGUUUAUGUCAUGCGACAUUCAGUUACAAAAGAAACUGAAGGUCUUCGAGAUACAACCACAUUAUACAGUUUCGGUUAUAGGGUGCCCAAUAAACGAGCCCGAUUAGUUAGCGAUGCAAGAAUUUUGGAAAUGGAAAUGGUCUCACAAGAAUGUGUUACAACUGCCCGAUUAGAACAAUUAAAAGCUAUAACGCAAGAUAGAGUGGUAAUGGUGCCAGAUUUGCUUACUUUGGGUCGAAUGGAAACGAUGUAUCGAUGUUUAGUAUUAAUUGCUGGAUUAUUUGGUAAUAUCACCCUCGAUAUCGAUCCAAAAUUUAGCAGAAGACCCGAGGAAGAAUAUGCACAUGAUGAUAACAUAAGUACUUCAGUUAGCAACGAUUCUCUUUCUGAUGAAAAUAUAAGUGGGGAUGAAAUUAAAGAAAAAGUUAAAGAAAGGGUUAAAUUUAAAACAAAACCCAAUACUUUAAAACUUUGUAAGAAAUGGUCCGUUGUUAAAAAGUAAUUUAUUAGUUGAUGUUAAUUUUAAUAAAUAUAAUUUGUUUUUGAUUACCCCUAA